UAGAAAAUUGGCAAAGACUAGAGAGAGAAAAAGAUUGAGCAGAGGAAGAGGAGGAGGAGAGAGAGAGAGAAUGGACCUGUAGAGGUAAAAUCUCAGAAAUCUCGCUCUCUGUUUGAUCGAGAUCGCAUCAUUUUCUCUGUUUCGAUUCGGAAUUUCCAAUGGAAAUCUGACUUGGAGAUCGUCCCGUGUUUUCCUCUGGGGAUUUCCAUUGGAUCGUAUCGGAUUUGGUUCUAUUUCGCUUGAAUCAAUAGAAUGAUUUCGAAUCCGAGUCUCUUGUUCUACACUUGCAUUGCCAAGGGAAUGGUGGUCCUCGCUGAGUUCUCUUCGGAGCCUGGAAUCGAAGCCACAGCUUUGAGAUGCAUCGAGAAUUCGCCUCCGAAUCACUCCAUGUUCUCUCAUACAGUCCGCAAAAGGACGUACGCUUUCUCGAUCGAUGAUCCGUUUGUGUAUUUCGCCAUCUUUGAUGAAGAUAUGGAGAAAUCGGAGAGUCUAUGGCUCUUGAAUCGCUUAAAAUCAAUCAUGAAAGAUCUGAUGAAAUCCGAAUCGGUCGAUUCUUUGGAUAACCUCACCUCGCAUUGUCUCCAGUCAAAACUCGAUCCCGUUUUCGCAGCGAUCGUAGGUAUUGACGUGGAUUUGGAUAUGGAUUUGUUGGGAUCUCCAAAGAGCGUAGAGAUGGAUAGUAGUCGGAAUACGAGCAUCGAUUCCUCCAAAGGACGAAGAGCGGUGAGGACGCCCCUCCUGGCAAAGCCUUUGAAGGUGUUGAAGAAGAAGAAGAGACAGCAAACGGGGACAAACGGUGAAGACGAAACGAGUAAAGACUCGGACAGAAAGCUUGAUUUCAGUGGGGAUGGAAGCAGUGACGUGUUGUCUAAGGAUUUGAGAAACGGGCUAUUACACGAUCAUCACAAACAAAAGGCGAAGCGGAUAUGGAGGAAACACGUGUGGAUGGUAGUGAUGUUCGAUCUCCUCAUAUGUGCUAUUCUUUUUGGAAUCUGGUUAUGGGUUUGCCAAGGUUUUCAAUGCAUCGAAAGAUAAAAAAACUGCACUCUCAAUCAUUUUGUCCCAUUGAAAACUUCCCGUAGAACAAUCAUUUACCACGUUGUAUUUUUUUUCUCCAGUCUUCAUUUGAAGUGUUGUUUACAGGAUCGAAUCAUUUCUGAAUCCUGGUUUACACGUUAGUGUUGUAAUAUGUUUUGGAAGUUUUACUCUUCAUAUCAUGUGAGUGUUUGUAUAAUUUAUUUUGUUUUGUGUAAUGUUAUUAUCAUCUUCGGGAUGUUGUUGUUGUGUGACUUGGACAAUGAGUUUGAGAAAUAAGUUACCAUUUUUUGUUUAA